AUGGCGAACGAAGAACAGAGAAGGGCCUUUGAGUCGUAUAUGGGCCGCACCGGCGGCAGUGGCAGUAACGGGCAAGGCCAAGAUCAAGGCCAGCCAAUUCCUCAGUACCCCGGCUCCUUCGCCCGGCCAGCCAAUUCGUAUCUUUACAAUGUCAAUUCCAAGGGCUCGGAGUCCCUCCCGCAGCACCCACGCCUCCGCCAGCUGCCUCGUCCGUCGCUUCUUUUCCCGGAUACCAGGGAGGCUAUCCUCAACAAGCUGGAUACCCUCAACAAGCUGGAUACCCUCAACAGGGUGGAUACGGCCAGGGCGUGUACAAUCAUCUGGGGAUCCCACAGCGCCCACCACCGCUCCUAA